AUGUCUUUCUCAGGAGACAUCUCUUCAAUUAUUGCUCAGAUCCUCACCGGUCAGGCCCACCUUUACAGCCAAGUGGCUGUCGCGGUAUUAGUGGUCUAUGAAUAUGCAACAACUCUUUCUAUGGAGGUCCAGCUCUACUGGGAAUUCAAACACCCCACCAGCGCGAUGGCGCUGUUCCUCGCCAAUCGGUACCUGUCUCUGGGAUAUUUUGUAUUCCUGGGAGUCGUGACGUUCUGCAACCCACAGACUGAGCAGUACACCUUCGUUCUGGCUCUAUACAUCGUCUGGGCUUGCUUCUCUGGACUGCGGGUCCUCGCAGUCAGUCGGAGCAGAGUAAAAGCUGCUCUGACGUGCUUGGUUGCCGCGAUCCCAGUUGUAGUCAAUGCGUAUGAUAUCUCAUUCCUGGCGGGUGCUUUCGUCCCUGGCGUGGGAUGGGAAUCCACAUUAAACGAAUCCGAGACUGCAAUCCAAAGAGGCGCUCUCAUCGCGGCGGACUCCGCGGUCGUCUGCGCCACCUGGUACACGCUCUGGCACUCUCGGAAGAACGCCGCGGCUCUCAACACCAACGUGCCCACGCUCUCCCACAUUCUCCUGCGCGACGGCACGGUCUACUUCAUCUCGCUCGCACUCCUGAACGCGCUCCAUCUCAUCUUCACCCUGAUCCCGCUCACCCAGACCGGUGGAACGAGUCUCAUCGUGGUGUUCUCGGACCCUCUCACGGCCAUCCUCGUAUCUCGGUUUCUACUCAACCUCCAAGCCGCGAACCGGGGGUUGUCCGGGAUCGGGUCGACCGUGCAGGGCUCUCAGUUGGGCUCAGUGGUCUUCGAGCGCGUGGUCGAAUGCAUGGGAGGGCUUGUCGAGUUCGCAGGCGAAGAGGAACUCGAUGACGACAACCAACAAGCGGAGAGCCCUGAGGCGGAGGCGGAGGCGGAGGCGUAG